AUGCCGCCUCAGAACCCAGGAGAUUCAUGGCGUUACCACUACGACACGUUGUGGGAUUCCUUUGAUGUAAUGGAAGAACCUGAAGAUGAAGAAGACUUCUUUGAUGAGUUGGAUAUUCUUAGAAACUAUGAAUCAUCAGAAGAAAGAUUUCCAGCACAGUAUUCUAGCCAAUCGCAGAAAACUUCAAAUGAUGAUGAAGCAGGUCCUAGUAAUACUGGUGAACAAGAUGAUACUCUAGAGAAUCAGACGACAACAAAUGAUGAUACAACAUCUGAUGUCGGUCCAACUUUUGAUCAUGGGGAUUCAGAAUCUGUGGGGGAGCAAAUCCAGAUCUUAGAUCAAGCAGAUCCUAUCAGUGAAGAAGGACGAGGAAAAGAAAAGGACAAGGGUCAUAAUAUACCUUGUGCACUUGAUACUGAAUCGACAGCUGGUACUGUUGUAGAAAAGAUGGCAACAUUCUUGAGAGAGAGCAGAAUUGCUAAAGCGAUGUCUGAUAAAACUGUGGUUUAUGAAUCACAUGUUAGAGCAUUCUGGGAUACAGCAAGGUUUGAUGAAACAGAUAAAAAGAUUCAUGCUGUAUUAACAAAGAAGGACAAAAAUGGAAAAGAUAUAGAUGUUGAGAUUGAAUUCAGUGUUAAAGAUGUUAGAAGGGUUCUUGAUCUACAAGAUUCUGAUGAUGAUCCGACAAUCAUGUCAGAACGUCUUGUAAAAGAUCUUCCGAAAGACAGUGAAGAUGCGAUGGAGAUGAGCAUUGUAAAUAAGGUCAUAAUUGGUAGAGUUACAAAAGACAAGGAUGCAAAAACCAAGCAGAUGAUUUGCAGAAUAAAAGAUAAAGAAUAUGUUGCUCCUGAAAACGAUAAGUGGAGGCAUGACGAUAGUAAUUCUGACAAUGAAGACACAAAGAUGAAUGAGAUGGUUGAGAAAAAGACUAGGUGGUGGUUCGUUAGAGAUGGAAAAAGGAAAAGGACACCUAAGUCAUCCCCUGCAGUUGUUAUUCCGAAAGAUGGAGAAAACGGGUCUUCUAGAGAGCCGCAGCAGAAGCUGGUGGAUGAGAUAGUUGUAGAGCCAUCUGUGGUGAUUGAACAAGGUGCUGAGUUGUUAAAGCAAACUUUGGAAAGUUAUUUGAAAAAGAACGAAGAGAUUGCAGCACAACAAGCUCAAGGAACAAGUGUUCAUGCUGAAAAGGUGACAAGGGUUGAACCAGAAACAAAAGAUCAAAGUGAUUCAAGUAAUGGAGAUUCUGAAGCUACUCAAUCUGAGUCCGAACUAAUUCCUGAAACUCUUGGUAGAGGAAAAGCUCAAUUGAAGAAAAGACCCUCAAAGAAACAAAAGGGAUCAGAUGAAGAAGAUUCUCCGUAUGAUCCUGAAAAGUCAAAGAAGCAAAGAAAGAAACGAAAAGUAGCUCCAGUUGGUGUAAUUCCCAGAAAUGUCAGAUCAAAGAAAUCAGGAGCUGAUUCACAAAAGGAUAAAGAAGGAAAGAAAGUUCAACAUGUGCAGAAAGAAAAGCCUCCAAGUGUUGAUAUUCCAAAAGAACCAGAGGUGAAAUCAAAAGAAAUCCCAGUUGUUGAAACAGAAAAGAAGACAGGUGAUGAUGAUUACGUCGAGAUCACAGGCUUCAAAGCUGCCAGUCCUAAACCUGUUCAACAAAAUAUUCCUGGUUCAUCGCAUCAGAAAAAAGAAGAUUUCAACUUUGAUUUUGAUAAUAUUGGUCCUGCUACGGGUAUUUUCUCAGAAGAUCUUCCUGGAGAAAGCGAUAUGUUCAAUGAUAAAGUUGUCAAAGAGCUAAUUCAAAGAGUUAACAAGUUGGAGAAAGAAAAAGGCAAAGCUGAGGAGGAACGUGAUAUGCUGAAAAGUCAAAUUGAUGAUUUGAUGGAAGCUCACAAUAAAAUAGUUGCAGCAUUGGUUGAAAAGGAGAAAAGAAUGAACCAAAUGAAGGAUGAUGUCGAGGGUAAUUCUAAAGUGUUUGAUUCGUUAACACAUGGGAUAUCUUCUUUGAAUGCUAAGAUAAAGGAUCUGGAGGAUGUGAACCAAAAAUUAAAUCAGCUUCUCAAUGAGAUGAGCGAAGCUUCUUCUAAUGAAAUGAAGGCUAUGAAGUUGGAGAUGGAAGCUAUGAAAGCUGACAAAGUGAUGAAAGAUCAACAACUUCAGAUGCUGGUUGCUGUAGUUGAAAGCCAUCUAAAGAUGAAUAUUCAUGCUGCAUUCGAUGAAAUUGAUGUAAUAAAGGCAAAUGAAAGAAGAAUGGAACGAGAACGUCGUGUAGCUGAAGAAGCAAAUCAAAAGAACAAAGGUGUGGUUGAAGAAGUUGAAGUAGUUGAUGGAUCUUCGAGUCAACUUGAUGCUGGUGGUUCUUCUUCACAACCUGAUGUUGAAAUGAUUGAAGUGGUUGAAAUUCAAGAACCAGUUGAAGACGAUCAGGAGAUGGUUGAUGCUGAAGAGCCUCAUGAACCUGAAUUCUUAGUUGUCGGUGAGCCUUCUGAGCCAGUAAUUGUUGAAAAUAUUCUUCGAAGGGUUGAAAUUAUUCAGAGAAAAAGAAAGGCCAGGGAAGUUCUGCUACUUGAGUGGAAGACAGACAAAUUUGUGUUAAUUGGUAAUGCUUACCCUGUGCCAUACAAUUCAAAAGAAGUGGCAAAGUUGUUAAAGUUUCUUGAUCGAAAAAGGAAGGGAAGAAUAGCUCGUGGUGAGAUUGUGGAUGAAGAAUCUGAUAAAGAGUUGUUCAGAGAUGAUGAAGAGGAGGAUGAAGAAGAGGAGGAUGAAGAUAAGGAAGAUGAAGAUAAAUCUGAUGACAAAGAUAAUGACAAGUCUGAUAAAGAUGAUGAUAAUAAUGAUCAAGGUGCUUCGGGAUUAUUAAUCAGAGAACAAAAUGUUCAAGAAAGAGUGGAUGAGUUGAUGAAUAAUGAAUUAAAUGAGCAGGAGGAUGAAGUUGAAUAUGAAGCAUCAUCGUCUGGAAAACAACCUGUUGAUCAGGUACUUCUUUAUAACCCUACUGUCAUUUAUUUAUCUGGUAAACAACAAGGAGAAGUAGAGGUUAGAAGAACACGGGCUGAAAUGCUAGAGAAAUUAGGCUUGGAAGAUGGAAAAUUUAAAUUCGACAUUGAAGAUGAAAUUCCUCAUUCACUUGCAAAAGAUUUUGAGCCUAGAUACCCUCAUGAAGCUAAUCAUUAUGAUGAAGUAAUUGUUGAAAGCGCGUCUGAUUCAGAGGAAGAUAGGGUAGAUUUUCAUUAUGAAGGGGAAGAUGUUGCAUUCCCUACGUUUACUGAAAUGUUUCAAGAUAAGAAUGAAGAUGAGCUAGAAAAGAAAGAUUAA